UUUACAGUAUAUGCGGAUCGUAAACACACAAGUUUUAUGAUUAUAUCAGUUAAAAAUAAGAAACUUAUUAUUUAUUAGGCUCAACACCUGUCAAAAUCUUAACCUUACUUGCAUAUAUAGAAAAUAGUAAAUUGGUGAGAAUUAUAGAAUUUUGGGUUUUGUCAUACGAUCAAAAUCAUCAUAUCAAUUAACAACCAUCAUCAUUCAUCAUGGCUGCACCUGCUAUCCCUGGUCAACAAGAAUUCGUAAGGCCACCGAAAUCAUCACGAAGAAAUAAAACUCCUCCAAACGAAAUCACUCAAUCAGUCACUAAUGCAUACAAUAAUGCUCCCGAUUUAGGUAUCUCAAGUACAGUUCAAAAUGCCUAUCAACGAGCACCCGAUCUAGGUCUUCAAUCAAGCAUCAGUAGAACGCUUGGAUAUUCUAAUGAACAAGGAGAAGAUACACAAGCGCAAGGAGAACAGCAACCAAAAGACCAUCCAUCCGAAGAACAAACUGAUGAAAAGAAAUCAUUAAGUCCAUACGAAAUAAGUAAACAAUCAGGACCGUCAAGUCAAGAUCGGUUGGGCAAAACACAAAGAGAGAUUGGAACAGAAUUCGGAAUCCCAACAAGAGCAGGAGCAGGGACGACUGUUUCACCCGAUAAGACAAACGCACUUGCAGAAAAACGCUCCCAUUCUUCCCAUCAUACCAGACCUCGUGAGGCUAAUGUACCCGAAGAUUAUGCUCCUGAACCUUGUCCAACAAAACAUGCAGGAACAGGGAAAGUAGAUGGUGUUGAACAUAAAUCGCCAAAUGCAAAACAUGAAAAACGUAUAUCAAACGGUAGUGCAACUCAUCGUAAGAGCGAAAGCGGAAAUCAAUCACCUCAAUCUACAACUUCGUCCGAACGAAAACGAAGAAGUUUAGGUGCAAAAUUACGCGAUCAAAUCAAAGGUGAAUUGAAAAUCUUGAGUGGUUCAAUCACCAAUAACGAAGAUAAGAUCAACCUUGGUUUGAACAUCAAACAUGGUGAAGCAUGACUUGUAUUCCCCUUUCUUGUUUCCGAUAGAUAGGCUCGCUCUUUUUAUGUGCAAUAUACCGCUUUUUUUGCUUCUUUUUCGUGGAAUACAAAUGAUCAUAAAAUGUAUCUUGGAUAGUUAUUCUUUGCUAUGUACAGGAAUAAGCUGAACGAAUGUUUCAUCUGUACAUGUACAUCUUUGUUAUAAUUUUCUUUAGCCGUGUCUCUGU